GACUAUGUAUAUACAACAGGAAAUCAACAUUUUCAUUUAAAAUUUUAGGGUAUACCCAUAUUUUAUUACACAUCUGCAAUCUGCCAUUGUUGUGUCAUUGAGGUUGGUAGUGAUGUCCGACUCGGAAGAUGAAGAAGUUCCAGACACUCGAUUAAAAAUUGUUGUUCUUGGUGAUGGAGGAAGUGGGAAGACAUCAACCAUCACAAGAUACACACAAGAUCAAUUCGUUAAAUCUUACGACCAAACUCUGGGUGUUGAUUUUUACCUUAAAAGGAUCGUUUUACCAGGCAACCACAACGUUACAUUACAAGUUUGUGACGUGGGUGGUCAGAACCUUGGUGGUUCCAUGUUCGAUAAAUAUAUUUAUGGAGCAAAUGGGUUUGUUUUACUGUAUGACAUCACAAAUCUUCAGAGUUUCCAAAACAUCGAAGAAUGGAUGUCAGCUGUUCAGUCAUGUGACCUGUCGAACAAACCUUAUUUUACGUUGGUUGGAAAUAAAGUUGAUUUGGAACAUCAACGUGCAGUAAACAAAAAGAAACAUGAAAGUUAUGCAGCUGAAAAUAAUAUGUCAAGUCAUUUCAUAUCAGCAAAAACUGGGGAUUCGGUGGAAUUAUGUUUCAAGAAACUUGCUGCUGAUAUUUUAAAGAUAAAAUUAUCGAAAGCAGAAGUUGAUGGGGCUCAUCGUGUAAUGAAAGCGGAAGUCCAAGCAAGUAAAGCAAGUUCACCAUCAGUUAAAACUAGAUCAACUAAAACCAAAAGCAGCAUCUGUGUUAUCCAAUGAAAAAAUCUUGUACACUGAACCAGCAAUUUGCAACCAUGCAUACAAAUGAUACAAUUAAUGGUUGUUAACAUUUACUAAUACUUUUACGAAUUUGCGAGAGACUUUUUGAUGACUUGCACUUAACUAUUUUUAAUAGUUGUCUAACUAUU